AUGAAAUAUUACUUUGCAAAACAUGCUACCAUACAUACCCAAUUUGAAGAACUUGAAAUCGAUGAACUGAAAGCAGAAGAAUAUUAUAAAAAAGAAGAAAUUAAUAAAUUAACUGAAUGCAACUUUUGUUGCAAACCAAUUAGAAAAAGACAAGAAAUAAUUAACAGACCAACAUACCGCACUCACCAACAAAUCUACCAUAGAACAAGAUAUGAAAUAAUUAUAUCAUCCUACGAUAAACUGGAUGACCAAUUCAAUGACUCAGAUAAAUCAAUCACUAAUCAAGAUAUAAUCAUGGAACCAGAAAAAAUUAACAAUACCGAAGAACAAGACCAAGUCAUAGCUGAUAUUGCUACUCAGAAUCUAGACUAUGAUUACAAACCCAAAGAAUUAGAUGCAAAAACUGAAAAGAGAAAACAGCUCAAUACAAAAUAUACGAUGAACCACAACUAG